ACGCAAUAGCGGGGCGCCCCAAAGUAGCUCCAUAGCAAAAUUCAGCACAGCGGGGCAACACCGAGCGACAUUUAGUGCGCUAAGAUUUUUUGGGGGAGACCGUGGACAACACCCCCCAAAUGUAUGUAGUAUUUUUGUCUGUUGGAGCUGAUAUAAACUAAAACAAGCCGGACAACGCGCCGAGAGUUCCCCAACUCCGGGGUUGCCCCCCCCCCCUUUCCCUGCCAGCCGGGCAAGGAACAGUCGCGUUGAAAUGGAGACUCUGCACCCCCACUGCCUUAAAUGCAUCAACAGGAGAUGCAUGGCGAGACCGGAGGCGGGCCUGUCCUGUGAUCUGAUUGGCUGCCCGCUGGUGUGCGGCGCCGUCUUCCACGCCUGCAAGCUCCCGGAGCACCGCCUGCUGUGCCCGUACGAGCGCCUGCCGUGCCUCAACAGCGGCUUCGGGUGCCCCUUCAGCGUGGCCCGGAUCAAGAUGGCGCAGCACCUGGAGACGUGCCCCGCCAGCAUCGUGUGCUGCACCAUGGAGUGGAACCGCUGGCCCGUCAGCUACGCCGACCGCAAGUCCUACGAGAACCUGAGCAAAGACUUUGACGAGGUGGAGCAGCUGGACAUGGCGCUGGCUCUGCAGGACCAGAGGAUGCUCCUGGAGUCCCUCAAGGUCGCCACCACCGUGCCCAAGAACGGCGACAAGGAGGCAGACGACAAGAUGGCCACGACGCCGAGCGAGGCGGCCAACGGGGCGGUGGAGAUGGAGGAGGAGCCGUACAGCGACCUGUAUCGCGCCUCGGUGGAGACGAGUCGGAGCUUGGCGGCGGCCUUGGACAUUCUCACCAACUCUACGGACAUCGACGUCCUGGUCGGCAACUUAAGCGGAGGCGGCGCCGACGGGGAGAACGGAGGUUGUCACGCCGAUGAUGUCACCGCCGGGGGAAAGAAUGUGGACAUGCGAGGGAGUGACUCUGAUUCAGAUUGCGAGCUGGGGGCGGUGGGCGGGGCGGACUGCGCCGCGGGCUCAGACGCAGACGGAGAUGUCCCCACCUGGCCGGAGGAGGAGGACUUUGUGGAGAUCUUCUUUGACGAAAAGGAGGACGUCAUGGAGGACCCCGUGGAGGACUCCAACGCGGCGUGGCCGGAGGUGCCUCAGAAUUACGUCCCCGAGGCUGUGGCGCUGGAGCCCGACGCCCGAGCGCCGCCCCCGCCCAUGCCCUUCUUGCUGUCGGAGAACGUGAGGAAUAACUUUUUGCAGCAGCUUCCCACGGAGCUGAGGUAUCGCUGCCUGGAGCGCAAGCUGCAGAGCGUGGAGGUGCUCCGUGGAAUCAGCAUGUUCACGUUCAACGGCCGCCGGGCCCUGCUGUCGGACCCGUACUUGUUCAGAGCCAAAAUGGAGGACAAGGCGGUGGACACGUCCGACCUGGACGUGGCCGACGACCCCAUGGGGCUGCACGGCAUCGACCUCAUCACCGCCGCCUUGCUCUUCUGCCUGGGCGACUCCCCGGGGGGGCGCGGCAUCUCCGAUAGCAGGUUCGUGGACGGCUACCACAUCGAUUUCGGCACGCAGACCUUCUCCUUCCCGUCGGCCAUCCUGGCCACAAACACCAUGGUGGGCGACAUCGCGUCGGCGUCGGCGUGCGACCACGCCAGCCCGCAGCUGUCCAACCCCAGCCCCUUCCACACGCUGCGGCUGGACCUGGUGCUGGAGUGCGUGGCCCGCUACCAAACCAAGCAGCGCUCCAUGUUCACCUUCGUGUGCGGCCAGCUCUUUCGGCGCGACGAGUUCUCCUCUCAUUUCAAGAACGUCCACGGCGACAUCCACGCCGGCCUCAACGGCUGGAUGGAGCAGCGCUGCCCUCUGGCCUACUACGGCUGCACCUACUCCCAAAGACGCUUCUGCCCGUCCGUGCAGGGCUUCCGCAUCAUCCACGACAGGCACCUGGGCUCCUUUGGGGUCCAGCCGGGUCUGCCCCUGAAAAGCGGCGACAAGGUGCCGAGGAGCGCCCGGCGCUCGGGUGCCCGCGGCGACCAGUUCAGCAGCCUCCCGUUUGAGGUGCUGCAGCACGUGGCCGGCUUCCUGGACAGCUUCAGCCUCUGUCAGCUCUCCAGGGUGUCCCGCACCAUGAGGGACGUCUGCGCCAGCCUGCUGCAGAUGCGGGGCAUGGUGGUCCUGCUGUGGGAGAAGAAACGGCGGGAAGACGGGUCGCCAUCGUGGCAGAUCACGGACAAGGUGUGGCGCUUCAGCACGGCGUUCGGCACGGUCAACGAGUGGAAGUUCGCCAACAUCACCAGCAUGGCCGACCACCUGAAGACGUGCAAGUUCAACACGGUGGCGCGGCGCGAGGAGGCCAUCCCGCUGCCCUGCAUGUGCUUCACCCGCGAGCUCACCAAGGAGGGCAGGUGUUUACGCUCGGUCCUCAAGCCCGUGGCCUGAGUGACCCCCCCCCCCCCCCACCUCACCCUACGAUAAGAAUGAGUAAUAACGAUAAUGUGUUUACAGAAGUACCACCUGAUAUUCUCCUAAGCGAUGCUGCAACCUGACGGCUUGAACCAAACCACUGUUGUGUACAUAAUCACUGAGUAGUAUUUUUUAUACACCAUAACGUCAGUACUGUGGUACAUCGGUGGGGGUGGGCGGGCCGACUCCGAAGACUCUGUCCGAACGACACAGGAAAUGACCGUGUCCCGUUCCGACGGUGUUGCGUGAAAAAAAGUCCCCAACGAGCGGUCGCUAGAAACGGGUUCCACGCUCAUCAUUUUUUCAGGCUGGUGGAUUAGGAAGUAGAGCGUCAAAGUAAAAACGACACGGGCAAUCGAGAUGACCAUUUCAUUCGGUUAUUAUGAUUAUUAUGAUUAUUAUGAUUAUUAUUAUUAUUAUCGGCGGAUUUUUGCCUUUUGCCGUCAGAUAGUAUAUGAGAGUUUUUGCCCUGUUUUUUGACUUUUCGAUGCUCUGCUUACAAUCGGGUUACAAUCCGCCGGCGUCUUCAUUGCAGGGGUGUCCAAAGGUGGGGGGGGGUCACAUAGUGAACAAUAAAAGGACGCCACCUUUGAUAACGGCCAUAUCUGUUUUUGUCAUAUGGCUGAAAACCUCACUUCCUCCAUUUUGGCUGUUGUUUUUUUUUGUUGUUUUUUUUUAAAGAGUCAACAUUUUCCCAUACCUACUGUCAUUUUCUUGAAUUUUGGAAAAUAUAAUAUUUUUUUUUCUAAUAUUUCAGCUGUAGUUUACUCAACUUUUUUCACUUUUUGCAUAUUUUGACUUUUUUUUCCUUUCUUUUUUUUAAUUCUUUAUUCUUUAUUUGUACAAUUGCAGCUGUUUGUUUUUUAUUCCUGCUGUUUUCUUUAUUCUCACAUUUUCAACUUCACUCCAGUAGUAUCACUUUUUCAUUUUUGUUUCUUAUAUUAGGACUUUAAAAAAAUGUUUUUAAAAUUAUAUAUUAUAAUAGAAUUAGUUGUAUAUAUUUUUCCAAAAAUUACAACAUUAGUUUUUUUUAUAAUGCGGCUUUAAAAACGCUUUAAUAUUUCAAAUUUAUGCAACUAAAAUGACGUUAUUCUGACUUUCUCAUGAGUUUGUCUCAUCAUAUUUUUACUUAAUUUCCUUUUUUUUUUUUUUUUUUUUUUUUUUUUACAAAAAAGUGUAGUAUUCUUGUUGAGUUCUCUUCGUAGGCCAAGAAAAAAAAGACUGACACAAACGGCCCAAGAACUGCACUUUGGACACCCCUUUGCUUUUCAAUUUCUUGUACAGGAGUGGACACCGUUUCAUAUGCGCCACCCGCAGGGGGUUUAUUGCAAAUGUUUCUACUGAAAGCGCCGUGCCCAUCUUGCCGUGUUAAAAAAAAAACAAAAAACAAUAAUAACUGAAAUGAAAUGUAGCAGGUGAGCGGUGAAGUAUCGAAAGCUAAAGAAGAAGCGAGCGUCAGAAAACAACCUGCGGGCCAGGUCGUCUGGCAGCCGUCGAAGACCCUCGCCAGCCAUACUUGACUUGACUACGGGUAGCGCAGGCGCGGCGGUCCGAGCGGGAUGGGGGCGCUCCAGCAGCCCGAUGGAAAAGUCGGAAGAGUUUUGUGGAAAGUAGCGCCUUGCCGUGUUUUUCUACCAACGUGCUGCGUUGUGGUUUUGUGAUUUCCGCUGAUGUGAGCAACGUGUUCAAAAAAAAAAAAAGUGUUUUUUUGUUUUUAUAUGUCAAUUAUUAUUAUUAUUAUUUUUUUUUUUUACAGUUAGUGGUACUCGGAAAGCCGCCCGCUUGUGGCGUCUUUCCAAGUGACGCAUUUGCACAUGAAGCAUGUACUGUAAAAUGUGGUGACGAUUCCGCAUGUGUUUGCUGACUUUAGUUCCUGGUAGGGUCGGGUUCUCAGGCACGGUGCGUUCAAUGAGCACAUCUUCACGUGAACGACCGGGAAAACAGAGGCUGGAUUUUAUUUGCUUUGUUUCUCCAGCAAGUUCGUGCAAUCCUUCUUCAUCACCUCGGUCGUGUUCAGCCUUCCUAGACGUUUUUAUGAUUGUUUUCACUCCAGCUGUGAAGUGUGCUUUCACCACCGUAUGCCAGCUUCAUUUCUUUCGACUUUUGAAGCGUUUUCUGAAGAAGAAUAAAGAGGCUCCUCUUCUUUCUUU